CCCCGCCCGCCCAGAGCCGCGGGGCCAGCGAGCGGAGGAGCAGGUGCUCGGAGCCCAGCCGCGCCAGCAUCGCGCGGCCGCUGCCCAAGUUCGCCUGGGGCCCGAAGAGGGUUCUCCCGGGCAGCCGGGGAAGGAGCUUAGCCGGCGUCACGGCCACCGCCAGCUUGGAGUCUCGAGAGGAGAAGGGCGCGCGGAGCAGCGAGUCCGGGUCACCCCCGGGAGGUGUUGGCGGGUCUCCGCAGUCCCCAGCUCUUGUCGCCGCCGGGGCAGAGAGAAGAGGCGAGAGACAGCAAGGCCGGGCUUUUCUGGAGCCGCGAGGCACCUUGGAGAGUCGAGGCGAGAAGCGACACUUCCCUACGGCUAGCAUCCUUGAAGGGGCCCGGCGGCGAACAGCCUCCCGCAGGACGCCCUGAGAAGCUCUCAGCCCCAAGCGACAGCGGGCGCCCGGCAGGACUCAGGCGCAGGACUUGGGGAAGCCUAAGCGGGUCUCUGCCGAGCACAGCCCGGGGAGCAGUGACAAGGAAGGGUCCUGGAGGGGAAGGGAAAGAAGGCGGCAGCCGGCAAGGCGACCACUCACCCCCGUACACACCCACCCCGCCCGCCCAGCCAGGAGCCGCGGUGCGCCUCUGGGGGCGCUCGUUCCUUGGCGCCUUCUCUCCCGUGUCCCAGCACCGCUGGGCUACGGGCCAGGCUGGUGGGGUCCCUGAGGAUGUCCAGAUCAGGCAUGGUGGCCGAGUGGCCCUUCUCCCAGGACCAGCGUAAAAGCUGGGGUUAGACGGGGCAGGGGGGACUCGGCUCAGGGUCCCCCGAGGUCCAGAACGAGGGGAGGCGGGCGCAGCACCCAGGAACUGGAGAGGCGGCUCCCAGUGGGACCCCUCCAGAAGUAGUGCCCGGCGCCGGGCAUCCUCCAGGAAGACCAGGGGCCGGGAGAGCCUGGGAGGCGCUCGGGAGAGGCCACUGCCGGGGGCUGCGGGCUGAGGCGGCGCUCAGCCCCGGGCGGGCGCCCGCGGAGGCGGCAGCGGCGGCGCCGAGCGGGCAUGCCGCGCCACCGGAGCUCCUUUCGGGCGCACACUUCCCUGGCGCGGGCUGCGCGCGGCUGCCGCUGCUGCUGCUUCCACUGCUGCUGCGGACUCCCAUGGCGGCUCCGCCCGGCCGGGGCCGCCGCCGCUGCUGCCAGCCGCGGGCUGAAUGAAUGAGCCGCAGCGGCGGAGCCGGGCUGCCCGCGGCCGCGCUCACCGGCCCGGGACGCUUCCGCAUGGCCCGCGAGGAGCCGGCGCCCGCGGCGUUGGCGGCUGCCGGGCAGCCCGGGGGCGGCAGAGGCAGCGAGCGUGCGCUGCAGGGGCCAGGGGUCGCCCGCAGGGGGCGGCCGUCGCUGAGCCGCGCUAAACUGCACGGGCUGCGGCACAUGUGUGCCGGGCGCACGGCGGCUGGGGGCUCCUUCCAGCGGCGGGCGCUGUGGGUGCUGGCCUUCUGUACAUCCCUUGGCUUGCUGCUGUCCUGGUCCUCGAACCGCUUGCUCUACUGGCUCAGCUUCCCGUCACACACGCGGGUGCACCGCGAGUGGAGCCGCCAGUUACCCUUCCCCGCCGUCACCGUAUGCAACAACAACCCGCUGCGCUUCCCGCGCCUCUCCAAGGGGGACCUCUACUAUGCCGGCCACUGGCUCGGGCUGCUGCUGCCCAACCGCACCGCGCGCCCGCUCGUCAGCGAGCUGCUGCGGGGCGACGAGCCGCGCCGCCAGUGGUUCCGCAAGCUGGCGGACUUCCGCCUCUUCCUGCCGCCGCGCCACUUCGAAGGCAUCAGCGCCGCCUUCAUGGACCGCCUGGGCCACCAGCUGGAGGACAUGCUGCUCUCCUGCAAGUACCGCGGCGAGCUCUGCGGGCCGCACAACUUCUCCUCCGUGUUUACAAAAUAUGGGAAGUGUUACAUGUUUAACUCAGGCGAGGAUGGCAAACCUCUGCUCACCACGGUCAAGGGGGGGACAGGCAACGGGCUGGAGAUUAUGCUGGACAUUCAGCAGGAUGAGUACCUGCCCAUCUGGGGAGAGACAGAGGAAACGACAUUUGAAGCAGGAGUGAAAGUUCAGAUCCACAGUCAGUCUGAGCCACCUUUCAUCCAAGAGCUGGGCUUUGGGGUGGCUCCAGGGUUCCAGACCUUUGUGGCCACACAGGAGCAGAGGCUCACAUACCUGCCCCCACCGUGGGGUGAGUGCCGAUCCUCAGAGAUGGGCCUCGACUUUUUUCCUGUUUACAGUAUCACCGCCUGCAGGAUUGACUGUGAGACCCGCUACAUUGUGGAAAAUUGCAACUGCCGCAUGGUUCACAUGCCAGGGGAUGCCCCUUUCUGUACCCCUGAGCAGCACAAGGAGUGUGCAGAGCCUGCCCUAGGUCUGUUGGCGGAAAAGGACAGCAAUUACUGUCUCUGCAGGACACCCUGCAACCUAACCCGCUACAACAAAGAGCUCUCCAUGGUGAAGAUCCCCAGCAAGACAUCAGCCAAGUACCUUGAGAAGAAAUUUAACAAAUCAGAAAAAUAUAUCUCAGAGAACAUCCUUGUUCUGGAUAUAUUUUUUGAAGCUCUCAAUUAUGAGACAAUUGAACAGAAGAAGGCGUAUGAAGUUGCUGCCUUACUUGGUGAUAUUGGUGGUCAGAUGGGAUUGUUCAUUGGUGCUAGUAUCCUUACAAUACUAGAGCUCUUUGAUUAUAUUUAUGAGCUGAUCAAAGAGAAGCUAUUAGACCUGCUUGGCAAAGAGGAGGACGAAGGGAGCCACGAUGAGAAUGUGAGUACUUGUGACACAAUGCCAAACCACUCUGAAACCAUCAGCCACACUGUGAACGUGCCCCUGCAGACGACCCUGGGGACCUUGGAGGAGAUUGCCUGCUGACAUCCCUCGAGCCACCCAGCGCCCCCUCCAAACAGACCUUGAGGCCCAAGACCCAGGACAAGGAACAGCAAGCUCAGGUGGGAUGGCCCCUGAUGCUGGAAAGAAGCAAGAGCCCCCUAUGCACACAUUGCAGACUAGCUGCCUAGACCUCGCUCCGGCCACGUCCAACACGACGCGUCCUUGGGCCCCGCCGUGCAUCCCUCUUAGGAGAGAUGAGUCACACUCUGGAACUGUCCAAGAACGAACCUGCCAUCACAUCUCACUGCCAGAUGUAUAAAGCACCUGCAUGCUCAGACUUCUUAUGGCACCACCUCCAUGUCUGUCUUGUACAUGACACUCCUCCACGCGGUUUCCAGUGUCCACACCGCUGCCCGUGCAGUGGGACCAGAUUCCAGGUCCAAAGUCACCAUGAGGCCACCCCGGAAUCAGAACUGCACAAUCAAGAGGGAACCCGUGGGACUCUGCUACAUUCAGUUCUUGUGUCAUUUGUGAAGGUUCUUAACCUGCCCACAAACCCCCUUUUACCCAAGCUGGCCCAUGGGGCUUCGGCGCCAAAGGUGACCCGCGCCAACCUCCUUCCCGCCCCAGCACCUGUGACGGUGGCACAGCAGCCAGCGGGCGGGGGUCUCCUGUGUUCACCCAUGGUGCCCAUGUCGUUCUUCUCUCCCUGUGACACAGCUUGUACAGUCUGAUUCUUUUUAUCUGGGGUAGGGGGGCUUUUAUGUUUGUCCGAUGGAGAUUUGUUUUGUUUUGCUUCGUUUUAUGCUUUUUUUUUUUUAGUUUUGAUGUUCUGAGGUUUGGUUUGGUUUUUCCAUUUUCUUUGGCGUUUAUUUAUUCGUGCUUCAAAUCACAGUCAUAUUAAAAGCUGGUCUUGUGGAAA